GCGGGAAUUCACGCAUGAUACUUCGCGAACGUGCCGCUUCUUGUUUUGCUUCGAGUAAAAGUAAAAGGCGCUUAAUACUGGACGUACAUACAAUAUAAAUAAGAAGUCGGUCAACGCAUGAAGCCGUGAGUGCGAGUACUUUCUCCGUUUCAUAAAAAAUACAAGACUUAUGCCCAUUUUCACUAAUGUAGAUUAAUUUUAAUCUCGGUUUAACUUACUCUUUAUCUUUUUCGAGUUCUAAGAACUCUAAGAAAAGUAAAUUCAAUCGAAAUUAAAGUUAAUCUACGUUGGUAGAAGCAAGCAUUAGUAUUUAUUAUAUCUACCCGCGGCCUUGGCUGUGCAGUGUGAAACUGAUUGGCUGUUCGAGUAAUUAAUUGACAAUAAAUAGAUUCACAAAGUGUUUUCAAGAUGGGAACAAAUAAUAACGAUUUGGUAACGAUCAAAAUGAUUGACGACGGUCCUAAGAUUCACUUGCAGGAAUCUGAGAAAUUGAUAGAACCCGAGAAGAAACGCAAUUCGCAGCUGUGCAUUGAAUUUAACGAUCUCUGUUAUUCAAUUUCUCGCAAUGGUAUGAAGAAAACAAUCUUGCACGAUGUAACAGGACGCUUUGAACCGGGAAAAAUCACGAUGAUAAUUGGUCCUUCCGGUGCGGGAAAGACAACUAUGCUGAAAAUCGUAACUGGCGAACGAUUGUUGAAUGUUAAGGGCACCAUCACGAUAAACGGCGUUGUACAAAACAAAGGGAUGACUUUUCGCAAACAAAUGUGCUACGUGCCGCAACAAUUCUCUUUACUGCCGUUUCUCACGACUAAAGAAACGCUCUACAUUGCGGCUCGAUUUAAACUCGAUGUUAAACAAAGCAAGCAAAAAAUUUAUCUGAUUGUAAAUGAAAUCGCGGACAGUCUCGGUUUGUCGGAUUGUCUGGAUACAUUGGCGAACAAAUUAAGCGGUGGAGAACGGAAAAGACUCUCUAUCGGUGUGGAAAUAAUCACGAAUCCGUCCGUUUUGUUAUUAGACGAACCAACAAGCGGUCUCGAUAGUGCGGCUUCAAAUCAGCUCAUUAAUGUACUGUGUACUAUGGCAAAAGCAAACUGCACCGUAGUAUGUGCGAUACAUCAACCCAGCAGUCAAAUGAUUUCACAAUUUGAUGACAUCAUGGUACUUAAUCGAGGUAGAUCGAUGUAUUGCGGUCCAAGGAGCGAGAUUCUAAAUACGUUUGAAAAUGCGGGAUUCAUGUGUCCUCCUUUCUACAAUAUAGCUGAAUUUGUGCUUGAGGUGAUAACCGAACAGAGAAACGGAGAUUUGGAAAAUCUGUACAAAAUUUCUCGUAAUGAGUGCGAAAACUCUAAAUCACGCAAGAAACGUCCCAAAAAUGAAACAAAUUCAUCAACUACCUCCAAACAUAAUUCCGAUGAUGAUGCACUUACAACAUUCACAAGUAAUACAAAACAAAGAUUGUCGAUGUGGCAAGAACAAAAGAUAUUAUUUUUAAGAGCUCUCAUUCAUAUGAAGAGAGACUUGAUUAUGACAAUCUUAAGAUAUGGAGCGCAUGUUAUAGUGCCACUGCUAUUAGGAGCAGUUUUUUAUAAUUUUGGAAAUGACGCACAAAAAGUGAUCAGUAAUACAGCUUGUUUAUUUUUCUUCUUAUUAUUUUUAUUUUUCGCAAAUGCCAUGCCAGCAGUGCAAAUGUUUCCCAUGGAGGCGACAGUAUUUCUACAGGAACAUUUAAAUAAUUGGUAUUCUUUGAGAUCCUACUACAGCAUAAAGAUAUUAACCGAUUUUCUCUUGCAAAUACUUUGCUCCUCAUCUUUUCUGUUUAUAUCAUACUACAUGACAGGACAGCCAAUGGAAUUUAAUAGAGUUCUACAAGCGUGGAGCAUUUGCGUAUUAAUUACAAUUAUUGGACAAACGGUCGGGAUUCUUACAGGCGUAGCUUUCAACACGGAGUUGGGUACUUUUCUAAUACCAGCGUCGAGUAUACCAUUAUUGCUGUUUUCUGGAUUUUUUGUGAAAAUGAAUGAAAUAUCGACGUAUCUGCAACCAUUAGGUUUUUUGAGCUUUUUCAGAUACGCAUUUGAAGGAUUAAUGCAAGCAGUCUACACGGAUCGACCGAAUUUAUCGUGCCAGGAAAUUUAUUGUCACUUACGUUCACCAAAUGAGAUUCUCUCAAUGAUGAAUUUACCAACGGUAUCGUUCCAUGUGAUUUUGAUAAUACUUGUGUUCUGGAUAUUCUGUUUGCACGUAGUCAUCUAUGCAAUACUUUGUUGGAAAAUUUAUUAUGCAAGGAAAUGAUGUAAUAAAUUAAGUUACGCUUUGCUCGCAAAAAAAUGUUGCAACAAU